AUCAGUUUGAUGAUUCUUGAUACUAUGCAUUGAUCUUUUAUACCUCUUGCGAUGUUCUAAAUAAAAUUUUAUUUUCUCAAAUUCGCAAUGUCUCUUGACCCUCUUCUGCAACAAAAAGUCAAACUCAAAGUCCAUGAAGUGAAGACGAUGUGAAUAUUAUAUUUGAACAUUUGGUGUCUUCUUUGCAGCGCCAAAUCUUGGCCCAAUUUUUUCUUCAUUGACAUUCAAAUUAGAUCGCAGUGAAAUUAUUUUCAUAUAUUGAGGGGCGGUGUGGGAAAGGCAUUUUUCCACACAAUGAACAUUUAAAUAUCAUAUGGGGGUGGAGGUGCUUUGGGCAGCUUUUUUUUUUGGUCAAUUUACGCGCCGAGACUCGCCGUACGCCCUCACGCUACCCUCCUUUAUUUCGGUUCCAAUCGAUUUUCCUUUUUUACGGCGACUCUCCUCAACGUUGGAAGCCACCAGGUGUGUGUGUGAGAGAGAGAAAGGAAAAAAAGGUGCCCAUAGGUGACCGGCAAAUGCCUUAAGGAAGUUCAGUUGUGGUCAAGAAGUCGCUCGUGAAAGACCUAAAAAACAGGAAGAAAUUUUGGAAGUUGAGAGAUUUCAUGUGAUUGGCAAUAAAGUGCUUGAAUAAAGUGCAAAGAAUUUUCUGAGAUUAAAUUUAUCUCUAAAUGAGUGGCGUGAUGAUGAGGAAUGUGUCUAAUUCAAAUCCCUCCUUGGAUAGGUCAGAUGUUCAUGUGGAAUAUGAAGUAUCCGUGCCGAUUGUUCAAUCUUUCCGGCAUACGCCGUAUCAUUCACUCUGGAAUCUCCAUCAGUGUCAACCUGCCCCACCACCACAGCCCCAGAUACCUCACUUAGCCCCAACUAGCCAGGCACCGUCGAGCUUCCACCAAAUGGCCCGAAUGAUGGAUUCUCUUAUUUUGGACAAUUUUGGCCCAUUCGCCUUCACCAAGAUCACCGCGACGCAUCGCCCAACCCCUGCUUCACGUGGCAGUGGCGAUGGUGGCCUGAAGAAGACCCCAAUCACAGCAUCAGCCUCAAAUCUUCCCCACAACUCCUCAUCGUACAGCAAGAUUAACUACAAUGGCGGGAAAGUGGCGAGUCAGGAAAAUGCCCGUCAGCACGUGGCGGAAGUGCAUCCUAUGCUCAGGACAAAUUCCUCAACACUCUCACCGCCCAAUCCUACAGAUUCUCGAUGGAUUUCAUCCCUUCGACGCAGAGAUCCUGAACUUCAACCCACACUGCCUUCAAUAAAUCACAAUUUGGGUCAUCAUCCGACGUACCAUCCACCGGAAAAGCGUGGCAGGAGUAGCAAGAUGUCGUCGUCGAUUAGGAAAAGUCGUUCAGUUGAGCGAAUGCGCGCAAGAAAGCUCAAGGCAGCCAAGGAGAAGCCGAAAAAGUCAAGUUCGGAGGAAGCUUGCGCCUCAGAUGAUCAGGAAGUAACAUCAAUUGAGGAUAAUCCCCAUUCAACGCACUCAAAUUCACCAAAAAGCGCCACAAAGAACAAACACUUCAAUGCUCAUGGGUAUGAAAACCACUUGGUGGAUACUUUAGAAAAGGAUAUCCUGCAGCGUAACCCGAAUGUUCAGUGGAGCGACGUAGCAGGACUCAAUGAGGCAAAGACAAUCCUCCAGGAGGCUGUUGUUCUUCCUGUUCUCAUGCCUGACUUUUUCAAAGGGAUUCGUCGCCCAUGGAGGGGAAUCCUGAUGGUAGGACCUCCUGGUACAGGGAAGACCAUGCUGGCUAAAGCUGUGGCCACGGAAUGUGGGACAACAUUUUUCAAUGUCUCCUCCAGCACACUAACAUCCAAAUAUCGUGGAGAGAGUGAGAAGAUGGUCAGGCUGUUGUUUGAAAUGGCCCGUUUUCAUGCACCCAGUACGAUUUUUAUCGAUGAAAUUGAUUCUCUCUGCGCUGCUCGUGGGAAUGAUUCGGAGCAUGAGGCAAGUCGUAGAUUCAAAGCAGAACUCCUCAUUCAAAUGGAUGGACUCAAUGCCACAAGCAAUGAUGAGAAGAUCAUCAUGGUGUUGGCUGCAACAAAUCAUCCCUGGGACAUUGAUGAGGCCUUCCGGCGGCGUUUUGAGAAGCGCAUCUACAUUGGGCUACCCAAUGAGGAGACCCGCUGUGCCCUGCUGAAGCUCUGCCUCAAAGGGGUCAAUGUUUCCGAUAGUCUGGACACAAAUGCAAUCUCUGACCAGCUGAAAGGCUACACGGGCUCUGAUAUCAGCAACAUUUGUCGCGAUGCCGCCAUGAUGACCAUCCGGCGGAAGAUUACGGGAUGCUCUCCGAGUCAAAUUCGCCAGAUAAGGCGCGAAGAAGUGGAUGUCCCCAUCACCACGCAGGAUUUCCGCGAUGCAAUGUCCAGGACACGGAAAUCCGUUUCAAUGGGAGAUGUUGCGCACUUUGAGAAGUGGAUGGAUGAAUUUGGGUCGUGCUAAAUGCAACAAUCACCCCCUCAGAGGCGGAAAUUAAAUUAAUUUAAUUUAUUCUACUGAAUGAAGAAUUUUCUUCUCUUUUGGAGGUAAAGAUUGAGUUGGGUGGGAGUCCUUUAUUUAAGCUUUCUUUGGGCAAUGGAAGGAAGAAAUUCAAGGGGUCAUUAUCUGGGAAAAAUCUGUGCGAAUGAGGAAUUCUUUUACACAGUUUUUCUUUCAAAAAAUUAAUUUUUUUGUGAUUUAAAAAAAAAUAAGUAAAGGGGUUGCUUCUAACUAAAAUCUUUUUUUAACAUUAUCUUAUAACAAGAAAGUUGUAAGAUUUUGAAAGAUCAUUUUUUUAUCAUCGUUCUGUUGUGUUAUAAAAUUAUAACAAAAGUUUAACUAUUCCAAAAAUCUUCUAGAAGAGUUUUUAAAAAGUUCUGGAAAAUUAUUUUUAUGAAAAUCUUGCAAUUUUUUUUAAAAAAAUAUUAAAAUUUUCGAAUUGUGGAAGAAAUGAAAAGAUUUCUAACAGAAACAACCCCUAAAUUCCCCGCCCAAUAUUAACCGAGUGUUCUCUAUACUCCCUUUUUGAAUUAAUAAUCUUGUGAGUAAAUAAAUGUAAUGAAAUUAUUAAUUAAAAAAAACAAACAAAAUACUUUAGGCACAAAGAAAAAGGAUUUAGUUCCUCAUCAAUAUUGCUUUUAAGAUUUUUAUGUCACAUAAUUUUAACCCAUAAAAUAAAUUCCUUUUUGGAACAUUUAUUCCU